UCUCAAGAAUUGAUUGCUUUUCUCUGAUAUUUAUCUUGCCUUUUGCUUUAUCAAUCCUCUGCUUUGGAUUUGUUAUCAUCUCUGAUACCACCCAAAAUUAGCAGACAAGCUGUAAAGUUUGAGCCUUUAUAUCAUUUACAAAAUCUUGAUCGUCUGAGAUUUGUGCAGCAGAAAACCCCACUUUGAGUUUCAGUAAUCCGACAACUUUUUGCCUCUACUUGACCGUUAUGGAGACCGCUGAGCUACAAAGGGUUGGAGUCGUUCAACGUGUUCCUCUGCUUAUCAUUAAUUUCGUUGCUGGAGCUCUGGUUUUGCUCUGUGCUCUUGCUGGAUUUUUCACAGGAGGUAUUGCUGGUGCUUUAGCUGGAAAAGCUUCUGAUAAAGGUGUUGUUCGUGGAGCUGGACUGGGUGCUGUUGCUGGGGCUGUACUCUCUGUAGAGAUUUUGGAGGCGUCACGUGAUUUACUGCGUCUAGGUCGGCCUGGUUCACGAAGAUCUUCAUUGAUGGCAGAAAUUACAGAGGAGCUUAUUUGUUGGAGAUUUGAGGAGGAAAACUUAGCACCACCAGAAGGGCACACUGCUAACCAGUGGCAGGUUACCUUCGCUAAUCUUCGCCGUGAUGAGAUUUAUGAUGCCUUUGGAGGAUCUGAAACUAAAGGGCUGUCAAGGGAUGUGCUGAAGAAAUUACCAUCUCAUGUGAUUGUGGGGGAUACCAGGGCAGCUCAAGGUUUCUGUUGUACGAUAUGUUUGCAGGAUGUUGAAGUAGGAGAAAUUGCAAGGACCCUACCCCUGUGUCAGCAUAAAUUUCACCUGGCAUGUGUGGACAAGUGGCUCAUCAGACAUGCAUCAUGCCCGUUAUGCAGACAAAAUGUGUGAAUGAAAUACAUGUAUUUUGUGUACAGUGCUGUUUCAAAGAGAAGUUACUAGCCCAUUAGUGGGAAUGUAUAUAAUGGUUAUGGUCUUUUCCUGUACUUUAGCCUUUGCAGUUUGGGGGUUUGUAUGUUUUUUUUUUUUCUAUACAGUGUAAAUAACAUAGUUCCUUAUGAGGCAUUAUGUUACUCCUUUUAAAGAUGGAGUGGAUAUUGAAAGUUGCUGUUUUAGAUGCAAGUUAUCAAUACAAAAAUUUCAGAAAUGUUGGGAAAGAAA